AUGGACGAGGUGAAUGGCGGCAUCGAGCUUUCCAUGCGGUCAUCCGAGGAUCCACUAAAGAAGCGCGACAAGGGCAAAGCUGAUGUUGGAAAGGAUUUGGAGCAGCAGGAUAGCGAGGAGGCACGCCUGGUCCAGCCUGGGUGGGCACGACCCGUGGCCACCCUGGUCUACGCCUUUGUGUCCCUUGGACAUGUCCUUUUGCUGAAGGAGCAGUGGCUCCAAACCAACGCAGAAGGUGGCCUCUUCCUUUCCCUGGCUGUGCUGCAGGCCUCGCUGGGCUUUGAGGCUGCCAUCUACGCGGCGGGUGGGCUCGCGCGCGGAGCCCAGGAGGAGGCUUCGCCAGCCUUCUGGAAACUGCGGGCCGGUUGCGCCUAUUGCUGGGGGCCACCGUUUGGGCCUGGCAAGUGCCUUGGGCUGCUGAAGUCCACUGUCGCUGCGGGCAGCAGCCUCCACAGCCCAGUGCUGUGCUCGCCUACCAGCAAGGUCAGACUCUGGCCUGCUUCGUGA